AUGGAAAUUAAUGUGGGAUCAAGUAGCAGUGAUAUGAGAUCAGUUGAGCUGAGAAGGAAAUUGCAUCUGAGAGUUAAAAUGGCUGACACGGCUAGUCUGAGAGGGUUAGGAAAGAAGCUGAAGACAGUCCAACAACUCACUUUACUGAGGAGGUAUGGAAAUAUUUUGAGAUUGAUGGAAGUGAAUGUGCAAGAAGAUGCCAUAACAGCUCUAGCCCAGUAUUAUGAUUCCCCGUUGAGGUGCUUCACUUUUCAGGAUUUUCAGUUGGCUCCGACCUUAGAGGAAUUUGAGCAAAUUCUAGACUUGCCUUUGGAGGGUCAACAGCCAUAUCGCCCUAUGAAACAUCAUGCAUCUCUGCCGACUAUCGCCAAUGUCUUAAGGAUUCAUCCAGCCGAGUUACAACAAGCUUAUCAAGAAAAAUAUCAUAAUAGAGGAUUCACAAGAGAAUUUCUUGAGCGACAAAUGCAUAAUUUGGCAGAAAAAGAAGAUUGGGAGACUUUUAUAGAUGUCAUAGCACUCACCAUUUAUGGCAUUGUCCUUUUUCCUAAGCAUGACAACUUUGUGGAUUUAGCAGCAAUAGAUGUGUUUCUUGCAUGCAAAAAUCGAUCUGAAAAUCCUGUCCUUACACUACUAGCUGAUAUUGGGCAGAAAAAUGGUCAAGAGUGGGCUAAUCACUUAGCUAGUUUGAAUGAAAGACACGUCAGGUGGCAUACUCCAUGGCAACAGUCAACGACCAUUGUUUAUCACUGUGGCAAUUACCCAAAUGUUCCUCUUAUGGGUACUCGGGGUUGUAUUAAUUACAAUCCAAUUAUGGGACAACGUCAACUCGCUUAUCCCAUGAUGGGACCACCUGCUGAGGAAUUGUUGAUUCCUUUUGUUGUCUAUUAUGAAGAUGGAAAUUUCACUGAGCUUAUCCAAAAGGCAAGGAAUGCUUGGGCAAGGGUUGUUCGAAAAGGAAAAGAGUUAGGCGUGAGAAGUUGUGCAGCAAAAGCAAGUUACCGUCAAUGGGUUAAAGAAAGAGUCCAAGAGAUUAAGUUACCAUUCAAAGAUCCAGGUACCUCCCAAGAAAAUGAGCCAUCUAAUCCAGAACCCUUUGAGAAUGAAGAAGUAAAAGAAUUAAAGGAGCGAAAUGCAGCUUUAUAUGAGAAACGACAAUUGAAAGGUGCAUUGUACAAGGCAAAAAGAGAUCGAGAAGAAGCUUUGACUCAAGCCAGUGAACUCCAAAUACGAGUGCAAAAUAUGGAAGAGUAG